AUGAUUAAGGAGACUUAUAAAUAGAACUUGAGUGAUUUUAUAACAAAUGAUUUAGAAAAGGCUUUUGCAAUUACAAUUUUGAUGAUGAACACAAUUAUGAUUUUAUGGCAAGCUUCAAAUUUUCAUAAACUAAUUAGAUUCUAUAUCAAAAUCAUGGAUCCAACUCUUUUAAAAAUAAACACUUUAUUGUUCAUUCUAUGUUUAAGUAAUAGUUUACUUAUUGAUAAGUAAGGAUACAAGCUUAUUCUUAUGCAGUUUUUGGAUGUUUUUUAAAGGAAUCUGGAUAAUAACUAUUUCAGCCAUCUGUAUUUAGAACUUUAUAAUCUUCAAGUUUCAUUUUUUAUGAUCUUGUCUUGGGAGUAAUAGGAGCAAAAUGGUUAAAGAAUUUAUUUAUUUAAGGAUUUCAAUUAUGCAGAAAUUUUUCAAUUAUUUUAAGGGUAUUUCUUAUAUUGAAAUGAUUAUUAAUUUAUUCUUUUUUAUUUUCUGGUGUGCAUGCCAGAUAUUCUUAUUCAUAGCAGAAUAUUAUCACAACAAAACAUGGGAUUAAAGAAUGGACAAGAUGUAUAAUAAAUAUGAUAGCUAGUUACUCAAUUCUUUAUUUUAUAUAAUCAUUCGUCACUUUAAUGACCUUUGUUAUAGGAUGUAUAUUAUUUAGAAAACAUGUUAAGAACAUAAAUACUAUAAAUGAAAAAUAUAAAAAAUACGUAAAGUAUAAAAUCAUCAAUUUAGCUUGAUUACUCAAUUGGUUUUUUAAUAGUAGGAUAGGCAUUAAGAUUAUUAUUUUCAUUAUUAAGAAUUUGGUAUUCCUCGUUUUUGAUUUAGUUCAAGUAUGGGUUCAAUGACAAAAAUACUUAAGACACUAUAUUGUGGUAUGUAUUUAUGAUAAAUGAAAGGUCUAUAAUAUCAUUUUUAUUAUAUCUUUUGAGCGAUUAUAUUCCUACUUCAAUACUUUUGUUAAUAUUUUAUCCAAAUUAACACAGAAUAAAAAAAAGUCUAAUAGUAGAAUCUGCUGUGGAAAUAGAAUGA